AUGCGCGUGCACUCGACGCCCUCGCUGCACACGCUCGCGGUGCGCCUCCCCGCAGGCCUCUCCCCGGAGAUGGUGACCGUCGCCGCGAAGAAGGGCGCGCGCCUGUCGGUGGUGGCCGAUCUGUGGCACUUGGAAAACGACUCGCACUACGAGUGGGAGGUCGUCUUCGCGCCCGGGGACGUCGACAUGAUGUCCGUCCGCGCCGUGUUCGAACAGGACGGCCAGCUCGCGAUCCACGUCCGGCGACGGAUGAGCGCGAUGGGCGAGCCUGCGUACCCGCAGCCGCUCGUCCAGUGCGCGCAAUGA